AUUCAACUAUGAAAUUCGUCGUUCUGCUACAAGCGCUCACAGCGGCUGCUUUGGCAGCUCCGCAAGGAUAUGACGUAGGUGCUCCAUCAGGUACAGGACUCUCGACUGGACCAGGACCAGAGUCUGCGGGAGAAGCGAGUUCACACGAAGAUGAUUCAAGCCGUGGAGACGGCGCCACUGCUACCUGUAAAGAGGGUGAACUCCUACAUGUAGAUGGAACUUGUGUAAUUCCCGAUAUCACAAGAAAAGUAUUUCUAUUUGAAAUUCCCGAGCAGGAACAGCCCGUUGGCCCACCACCCAGUCUUCCUCCUCCGGCAGUAGAGCACAACAUUCUCUUCAUACGUCUCCCAGAAGAAGGACCGGCACCUGAACCUAUUGUUCUUCCUCCACCAAGGCAGAACAACAUUGUCUAUAUCCUCAACAAGAUGGAUGAACAAGUUCAGCGGGUAAUCGAAGUACCAGCUCACCCUCAAGUGGAUCCUGAAAUUUAUUUCGUCAACUACCAAGAAGGAGAAAACCCAACCCUUCCUUUGGGAGUGGACCUGGAAACUGUUCUCAGUUCUGCUGCAGCCGCUGGUGGCCAGGUCCUUGGUGGCACUGGUGAUGUUGAUGGAGAUGUUGGAGGACAAGGAGGGAGCGGAACUAUAAAUGGAGCCGAUUUAGGGAGUGUCAGUGGAGUUAAUAUCGGUUUGCAAGGUAAUGGUGGCGCUGGAGCAAUAGAACCGUCUGGCCUUUAUGUGACGCCAUAAUUGUCCUGAAUAUUUGUCACUAUAACUGUCCGUUUUUUUCUGUCAAUCUAUCAAUCUAUUUGUCUAUGAGAUACUAUUAUAUAUUAAAAUAAUA